UUUCAUAAUUUCUCCUCACUAGUUUUACUGUUAUUGUCACUGUUUUAAUUUCAUUUACUUUCGUUCUCUUCUGUUUCUCGAACUUGAAAAAAAUUUAAAAUGGCCGCACUUGUUGCAUCUAUCGCGGGUGUCGGGAAUUUUUUUCUGAAUCUUGUCAACUGCUUGGCUGCUCUGACUGGGCGUCCAUUUAAGUACUUGUACAAUUACAAGAAGAACAUUGACAAUCUCCAAGGUGAAGUUAGGAAGCUGAAGAAUACAGAAGAGGAAGUGCAGGUUAUGGUUACUGUUGCUGAAAGAAACGUCGAAGAGAUCAAACAGAAUGUUAAGGACUGGCAGAAUGAUGUGGAGAAGAUCAUUACUGAAGCAGAGAAGUUGAUUCAAGAGAAAGAAAACAACCCUCGAUGUUUCAAGGGAUUGUGCCCCAACUGGAUCACCCGCUACAAACAUAGCAAGAAAGCAUUCAAAUUGAAGGAGGAAGAUAUCAGUAAACUCCUAGAUAAGAAUAUUCUUCCAUUCCUGCCGCACGAAGAUAAGGUUGCCCAUCCUACUAUUCCUCAGGAGAUCUGGCUUAGAUCUAAUGAAGAUUAUUUCGCUUUCGAAUCAAGGACCUCCACUGAGACGAAUGUAUGGAAUGCACUAAAUGAUGCGGAUAUCUACAUGAUCGGUGUUUAUGGGAUGGGUGGUCUUGGGAAGACCACGCUUGUGCAAGAAGUUGGUAAGAAAGCUGAGAAGGAUAAGCUAUUCGACGACUUUGUUUUUGUUGAGGUAACAGAAACUCCUGAUACAAAAAAAAUUCAAACAACAAUUGCAAAAAAGUUAGGUCUCAAGUUUGAAGAUGUGAAGGAAGAUGAGAGUGAAAGAGCAAAUAAGUUAUAUUCUAGAAUGAAGGACAAAAAUAUCCUUUUAAUUGUAGAUAAUAUUUGGGAAGAGUUAGAUUUGAAGACGGUUGGAAUUCCUUCUAGAGAUGAUCGUGGAAGAAAUAAAAUGUUGAUGACAACAAGAAAAAAAGAUGUGUUGGAGAAGAUGGGUUCCACAAAAAAUUUUGAAAUGAGCAUUUUAAAUGAAGAAGAAGCUUGGACUCUAUUCAAGAAAAUGGCAGGUAAUGUUAUUCAAAGACGUGAACUGCAUUCUUUACCAAAUGAUGUAUGUAAAGAAUGUGGAGGUUUGCCCAUUGUCAUUUGUACAAUAGCAAAAGCAUUAAGGAACAAGAGACAAGAAUCUCAAUGGAAAGAUGCCUUGCGAGUACUAAGAAUGCCUUCUCCAGCACAGUUCCCAAGAAUUUUGAAAAAAGAAUAUUAUAAGAUUAAGUUGAGUUAUGAUUAUUUAGAACAUGAUGAGCUCAAGAAAACUUUCAUAAUUUCUAGUCUAAUGGAAAAUAAUACUUCCAUUUCAGACUUGUUCAAGAAUAUCGUUAGUUUGGGUAUACUUGAAGGAGCUAACCUUACAAUAGAACAAGCACAAAAUAGACUAGAUUUAGUGGUCAAGGAACUCAAAGAAUCUUGCUUGUUAUUUGAUGGUUAUACCAAAGAAAGAUUUUCUAUGCAUGAUGUUGUUCGCAUUAUUGCUACAACAUGUGGAUAUUUAGAUCACCAUGUAUUUACAGAGAGAAAUGACAUUGAAAGCGAAUGGAAAGAUAAAGAUAAACUUAGAAAAUGCACAAUUAUCUCUUUAGUUGGUAAUAACAUUAUUACUCAACUUUUGCUUGAAGGAUUAGAUUGUCCAGAACUUGAAUUUUUUGAUAUGAGUAGAAGGAGUUCUUCUUUCAAAAUCCCAGAAGGCUUUUUCAAGCUAAUGCCGAAGCUCAGGGUAUUGAAUUUAUUUCGACUACAUCAUUCAUUAUCGCCGCUGUCAAUUGAUCUUUUGACAAACCUUCAAACAUUGUGUUUAGACUAUAGCAAAAUUAAAGAUGUUGCUAUUAUCGGAAAGCUUAAGAAGCUAAAAAUCCUUAGCUUGCGAGAUACUGAUAUUGAAGAGUUGCCUAUAGAAAUGGGUCAAUUGAUUGGGUUAAAGCUUUUAGAUUUAAGCAAUUGUACACAAUUAGAAGUUAUUGCACCAGAUGUGAUAUCAAAAUUAUCACAACUAGAAGAAUUGUAUAUAAAGGGAUGCCGGAUUUGGUGGAAGGUUGAAGUACUCAAGGAGUUCAAGUACUUGUCUCAACUGACCAAUUUAGAAAUAGAUAUUAAAGAUAAAAAAAUGUUGCCUAAAGACUUCUUUUCCAAAGAGCUUAAAAAGUAUAAAAUAUCAAUAGGAGAUUGUUCAUUCCCAUAUCAAAAAAUUUAUGAAAAUGAGAUUUUGAGGAUGUUGGAAUUUAAAUUUAAUUCUACCAUCUCCCUAGAAGAAAUUCGUGGAAUCAAGAAUGUUGAACUCUUAAACUUAGCAGAAUCUUCAGAUGAUGAGGAAGAUCUUGCAGGUUCAAAUUUUAAUUUGCAAUCCAAUGAAAUCACACCACUUUUUAAUGAAAAGGUUAUUUUCUCCAAUUUGAUGGCCUUGCAACUGAAAGUUACUAGUUCUAGAAAGAUUUGGGACAGCCAACCUCCAACAUUCAUGUCUUCCUUGACACGUUUGAACUUGCAUGGAUGUGGAAACAUAAAGUAUGCAUUUCCAUUUUCUGUAGCCAAAAGUCUCUCCACUCUCCAAGACCUUCUAAUAAGCGAUUGUACAAUUUUAAAGGAGAUUGUUGCAGAAGAAGAAGGAGCAAAGGCUGUUGUUAAUUUUGCCUUUCCACAAGUAACAGUUUUGACGCUUCAAUAUUUACCAAAACUUACGGCUUUCUAUCAUGGGAUUGACACUUGGGAAUUGCCAAUGUUAAAAAGGUUGGUGGUGCAGGGAUGUGACAAAUUCACUUCAAAAUACCUAAGAUUCCAUGAAAAUUCACUUCAUAUUUCAGAGCCAAAAUCCCUCUGGUUGGAAAAUAAGAUCAACUCUGAUUUGGAGCAUUUGGAAAUAAAUAAUAUUACGUGGCUGAGUCAAUCUAAAACUCUAACAAUUUUUAAUGAUUACAAGUUAGCAAAUAUUCCAGUUGGACUCCUUCAGAGAUUAGAAAAUUUGCAAAAGCUUGAAUAGUUUACUGUGGAUACAAAGGAUUAUUCUCAUACACAAAGGAUGAGAAACAGAUGCAAAACACUCUAGGGCCAUCCUCAACUUCUUUCCAAUAUCUUGAAGUUUUGAGUUUAAGUUGGUGUAGUGGGUUGAUGAAGUUAAUAACACCUUCAAUGGCUAGAAGCUUGAGACAGUUAAGAGAAAUGAGCCUGGUAAAUUGUGAAAUGCUAAUUGAAAUAGUAGAAAAUGAGGGAGAAGGAGAUGCAACAACAACUGAAAUUGUUUUUGAUAAUUUGAAGAAGUUGUUACUUCGAGACUUAAAAAGUUUCGUAUGUUUCUGCUCUGGAAAUUACUCUUUCAAUUUUCCAUCGUUGGAAGAGCUAAUUAUAGGAGGAUGCCCCAAUAUGAAGACUUUCUCUCAAGGAAUCUUACGCACACCAAAGUUACAAAAAGUUGAUUAUGAGGAAAUCAAGUAUAUAAGCUUGAGUAAGACUGGAUGGACGUGGAAGAAGAUAAUGGAAGUAGAGAAUGAGGGGAAUGAUCUUAAUAAAACCAUACAAGGAGCAUACAAAAAACAGGACAUUUUCCUUGAAUUGAAGUUCUUGAUAUUCCAAGAUAUCAAUUCUACAAGAUCUCCUACAACCAACAUCCAAAUUCCUUCUACCAAAAUUUGACACACUUGAUUUUGUCAGGUUGUGGAAACAUAAAAUAUGCAUUUCCAUCUUUCAUUGCCAAAAGCCUUCACCAACUCCAACACCUAAAGAUACAUAAUUGUAAGGUUUUAGAGGAGAUUGUUGCAAAAGAAGAAGGAGCAAAUGAAGAUGACAAUUUUGUCUUUUCGAAUGUAACCUCAUUGGUGCUUCAAAAUCUACCAAAAUUUACGGUCUUCUAUCAUACUUUUCAAUGGCCAAUGUUAAAAGAGUUGGUGGUGAAAAAUUGUGACAAAUUCAUGACUUCAAAGUAUUUGAGCUUCCAAGAAAAUAACGAGGAAGGUGAACUUCAUUUUUCAGAGCCAAAAUCUCUCUUCUUGAAUGAUAAGAUCAACUCUGAUUUGGAGGAAUUGGAAUUAAAGAAUAAGUUGAGAUGGACUGAAUGGCAGGGACGAUCUAAAACUCUUGAGAUCAGUUAUGAUCAUAAGUUAGCAAAUAUUCCAGUUGGACUUCUUCGGAGAUUUGAAAAUGUGGAAGUGCUUCUACUAAAGUCGUGUGAAUACAAGUACCGUUCAUCCCCGUCUUAUGUGACUGUUUAAGGGUAUAUUGGCUGGAAACCAGUAACCGCCUCAGAGAAAUCUUUAGCAGAACUAAUGUAUUGAGAAGUUUAGAGAUAGAGAGACAUUUUAGAGAGAAGAAACAAUGUCUGCAAAAUUUGUGGAUACAAGAGUGGACUGAACAGAUUCUCCAAUCAUUUUUAUGAACCAGUCUCAUCAACCACCACCAGCUCCCCAACCGCAGGGCCAAGUGGCUUGAAUGAUCCGGAGAAUAAAGCAAGAUGUGUAACGUCUCCAAUGUCACAGGUAUAGUGUUAUUAAGAUAUUGGAAAAUUCUCCAGGUAGUCUGGUGCGGCACCAUGGCCAUCUUAAAUACCAGCCGCCUUAGACACACAGUCUGGUUAAGGGUAUAUUGGCUGGAAACCAGUAACCGCCUGCCUGUUCACCAAUUUACCCAGCUUAUUAACCACAGUCCCCCUCAAACACUUUACCCAUUAACCUAUGAUCCAAACCUUGCUGAUGUGUGUAAUCCUCUCUAAGCCAUUGAGUGAUUAACUCAGAGGGAAAAUGGAGAGGGAAAAACUGUUCGGAUGUAGUUGUAGGAAUACCAUGCUGAUCAAAACAAGAACUGUAUACAUAUUCUUUAGUGUGAUAUUGGGGAGGUUUAACCAGGGUUUUAAUCCUGGUGGUGACUGGGGGAUUCGGUUUUUUAUAAGGAGAGGGUAUAAGAAGAUUAUCCAGCGGAGUGGAAUCACCUUUAGGUAAAUACGAUAGUUCAUAUAAAGACUCGACUUUAUCUUUAUAAUCUGUAUGAACAAGGGCUGUAGAAGAACUAGCAGAAGAGGUAGAACUGCGAGAACUAGAAAAUGAGGAAGUACGUAUAAGACUUGGUUUUGUAAGAUUAUUACUCAUGAAGGAAAAUGGCAUACAUUAGUUCUGACUAAAGAUAUUCUCUGGCGAGGGAAGAUCAUGAAGACCAGUAUCACAAAGCAUGUAGAUUGCUGGACCAUAUUAGCCUGUGGCGUGGACACAUGAAAGUAAGACACUGUAACGUCUCCAAUGUCACAGGUAUAGUGUUAUUAAGAUAUUGGAAAAUGCUCCAGGUAGUCUGGUGCGGCACCAUGGCCAUCUUAAAUACCAGCCGCCUUAGACACACAGUCUGGUUGACAAGAAGUUUCCAAUACAAAAUAACAUUAUUACUUAUAACAAGGAGAGCAGUAUUCUCACCUUACCUACAAUUAUUCAUAGGUUUCAUGGCACUUGGCUCUGAUACCAAAUAUGGAGUACGUGGCGUUGUUAGACCAGCGGUCGCCAAGUACUGCUAGGCAGUUUUUAAGGCGGUUACUGGUUUCCAGCCAAUAUACCCUUAAACAGUCACAUAAGACGGGGAUGAACGGUACUGCUACAGUGGCGCCCGCCAAGGCGGGCUUCUUGAGCCGCGGCCUCUACUAGAUUCUAAAAAGGAAGCCAGCUCCAUAAAACACCCGUAUCCCUUAAAAGGCGCAGUGUAACAGUGCAGGCCAGGGGAAAUGGAGAGCACAGAACGCCGCAUCCAGGAUCACAAAAAUACUCCAGCGUUAAUGGACAACCACGGCAGAGCCGAACUGAGUGUCCAUUAAGACGAGAGACUUCUGUGAAGAAUGAGGGCUUCCGGCCAGAGAAAUCUUUAGCAGAACUAAUGUAUUGAGAAGUUUAGAGAUACAGAGACAUUUUA